UCGUUUGGAUGCGAAUGAAAAGGAGUAAAAUAAACGUCAAAAUAACUUUUGACAGCCGGAAUAAUAAGUGGCGAAUUAAUAUAUAGAAUAAAUAAAUCAAAUUUUAUAAAUUCGCCUGGGAAAAUUAUACUUUUAAUUGGUCAAAUUCGUUUACUAAAUUUGUUUGAACAACACAAAAGUAUAUUGACCAAUGUCUUCGUCUGCAGAAUGCACAAAGCAAAUUUAUACGUACCAAAGUCUAGUUCAGCGCUACAGUGGCCAUACAGCACCAGAUCUUCAGCUCACCGUGUAUGAAUAUGGCAAAGAUUCUAUUGAGCUAGAGCUGACCAAUUUACAAUAUGCUUCAAAGAGAUAUCAAAAGAUCAAACACAUAUGUAUGAUUAUUAUAAUAUAUAUUAUCUAUGUGAUAAUGGUUUCCAAAGACUUCACACCUCUAAAGGGACACAUAUUAUGCGACCUCACUUUUCUCUUGUGGUUAUUAUAUCGGAUACUCAACUUGUUGUCAUUAAUUCAAACUGAAAAAGUUAUAAUGUGCUUGGAUCUUGCACUUCAAUGCCAUACGGUGCGAUUUUUAAGACGAACUUCGAAUUUAUUCAUUCCUGCAAGCAAUAUUUAUGAUAUAGUAAUAAAUGAAGUUAUCGAAGAUCUGGAUGUACAUUAUAUACUAAUUAUUCGAACUAAGGGGAGUCUUUUCCAAAAGAAGCCCAUAAUUACACUUUUUAAUACUUUACAUCCGUCAUUCGAGUGCUUGCAGAUGACAUACAGAUGUCUCAAUAGAAUCUUUAGCAAAACAAAUGGAAUUACAUAGACAAAAGCUAUAGCAGUUUCAUUCCUAUGGAAGCUGUCUUCACUUCUGCUAAUAGUGCAUCUAUCUGAAAAUGAACAAGAAUAAAUUAUGUAUAUUUAUUGAACAUA